GGAGCCGUUUGAAUUAGAGCCUGGCUUAGAAAUGCUGUGAAAUAAGUGUUUUUUUUUCUUGCUUUAAUAGAAACUAAAACAUUUGCCAUAUAUUUGCUAUGUGGUUCAUGAAUUCUAUGAUUUAUAGCUUUCUAUCUAGCACAGGCUAGAUAUCUUCUCCAUAACGUUAGACAUUUUUAUGUUAGGGUUUUACUAAACUUGACAGUUUGCUUGUAUGCAUUAUGCAAACGUAUAUUGUUCCUGAAUUGUUUAUAGUUGGACUAAAGCUUUAAAAAUAUGUCACGGAUUUAAUAAAAAGUGUAGUUUACUAAUUUGUAACGGAACUGACGUACAUGGGUGAAUUAAGAUUUAGUUUUAUGGAGAAUAGACUACAGCAUGUGGAACUGUUGGGGGUAGAAACACAGACAAUUAAUAUUAUUUUGCUUAAAUCGGUAAACUUAAAAUUGCUCAUACCCAUCCUAAACAUGGCUCAGAGUCGGUGUCCUUCCAGAGCUCCCUAGAUGCUUCCGGAUUGAGAAGGCUCUUAGCCGUUUCCGCCGCCAUUGCGGAUUUUGGACAGAAGAUCAGUAGUAACCACUGCUAUCCAUCGAUGCAGUGCAGAAAGCAUAAACAGAAGGGGGACACAUUUAGCACUUUUACUGAUAACAGAUUUCGGAGACUCUAUUAACAACACUGCAUAUUAUCUUUUGUCGUGUUUAUUUUGUUUCACUGACUGGCUCCGACCUACACUUUCAGUGAGGAGGUCGUAGCUAACGCCGUGCUAUUGCUUAGCUAGCUAGCUGUACGGCUAGAAUUUCAGGACUCUGGAGGAGCUCAAGGAAACCACCAUGGCUCAAAUCCUGCCUAUCCGCUUCCAGGAGCACCUGCAGCUCCAGAACCUGGGAAUCAAUCCAGCCAAUAUUGGAUUCAGCACUCUAACCAUGGAGUCAGACAAAUUCAUCUGUAUAAGAGAGAAAGUGGGUGAGCAGGCCCAGGUCGUCAUCAUUGAUAUGGCCGACCCCAACAAUCCCAUUCGCAGGCCCAUCUCUGCAGACAGCGCCAUCAUGAAUCCUGCCAGCAAAGUUAUUGCCCUUAAAGACGCUGCAAAGACCCUGCAGAUCUUCAACAUUGAGAUGAAGAGCAAGAUGAAGGCUCACACGAUGACAGAUGAUGUGACCUUCUGGAAGUGGAUCUCCCUCAACACUGUUGCUCUGGUAACAGACAAUGCAGUUUACCAUUGGAGCAUGGAGGGCGACUCCCAGCCACUCAAAGUCUUUGACCGUCACUCCAGCCUUGCAGGCUGCCAGAUCAUCAACUACCGUACUGACGCAAAACAGAAGUGGCUGCUGCUCAUUGGCAUUUCAGCACAGCAAAACCGUGUUGUUGGAGCCAUGCAGCUGUAUUCAGUGGACAGGAAGGUGUCUCAGCCUAUUGAGGGUCAUGCUGCUGGCUUUGCACAGUUCAAGAUGGAGGGCAACACUGAAGAAUCAACACUGUUCUGCUUUGCUGUGCGAGGACAGGCAGGGGGAAAACUGCACAUCAUUGAAGUGGGGACUCCGCCAACUGGAAACCAGCCGUUUCCAAAGAAAGCUGUGGAUGUUUUCUUUCCUCCAGAAGCCCAGAAUGACUUCCCUGUUGCCAUGCAGAUCAGUUCCAAGCAAGAUGUAGUCUUUCUGAUAACCAAAUAUGGCUACAUCCACCUGUAUGAUCUGGAGACUGGAACUUGUAUCUACAUGAACAGGAUCAGCGGAGAGACCAUUUUUGUCACUGCCCCCCAUGAACCUACUGCUGGUAUCAUUGGAGUCAACAGGAAAGGACAGCUUAGUGCCAGAGAGGGGAUUUUCUGUCCUUCAAGGGUGGCCGGAAUGCGGGGGCUCCUUGCCGCCUUUCACAACCGCAGUCCUGACAUGGCGAGUGCCGGCGUCAAGCAGGCAACACCUUGUCCGGAAUUUAGCCCAGGCAGUUGUCGGCUCAGCGUCAUUCCAAAGUACACCUUGACCCAACUUAGUGCCAGAGAGGGGAUUUUCUGUCCUUCAAGGGUGGCCGGGAAUGCGGGGCUCCUUGCCGCCUUUCACAACCGCAGUCCUGACAUGGCGAGUGCCGGCGUCAAGCAGGCAACACCUUGUCCGGAAUUUAGCCCAGGCAGUUGUCGGCUCAGCGUCAUUCCAAAGUACACCUUGACCCAAGUCAGUUACACAAGUCAGACUCUGGCCUGCUUUGAAACUGGCUACCAGAUUUAG